GUCCACACGCUUGCAAAAAACCGUUGGCCCACCUGACUCUGCGACUGCCUUGAAUUAGUGUGGGCAAAUGUUGAGUGCACUUCCAUCCACGCGAGUGGCCGCGACGCGCAGCGCUGCCGCGUGCAGGUCACGGGCGCAGCUGCCAGCACGUUGCAAACAUGCAGUUCGCCGGGCGCAGCGCAGUUCGCAGGCGGAGAUCGCGGAGCUGGAGUGCAGCACGUCCUCUCGCGGCUGCGAGACGGUCGCCACCAUUCCCCUCGCCGCCCUGCUGGCAGUUGCAGCCUGCGGCAACCUCCUAGCACCAGGAGCAGCGGAGGCGCUCACCAUUCACGCGGAGCCAGCGAAUGCGCUGAGCUUGCCCACGUGGGCCAUCCACGUGUCGUCGGUGGUGGAGUGGGUCACUGCCAUGGGGCUCAUGUGGAAGUAUGCGGAGGCGACCAACAACCCCCGCUGGAAGGGCAUGGCGUGGGGCAUGGUUCCCAGCCUGGGGUCAGCGAUGGCCGCGUGCACGUGGCACUUCUUCUACAACAGCCCAGACCUGGAGUUCCUCGUGGUGGUGCAGUCAGCGCUGACGGUGAUCGGCAACUGCACCUGCUGGUGGGCCGCAUACCGCAUCUACGAGGCGGCGCAGGCGGAGAAGAGCUCGGCCUGAUGGGCGGGUUGGAGUGGGUGGCUGAUAUCAUUCGUUGAUGACACUGGACCGUAGGUAGGGAGCUCUGCUAGUUCAUGUGGUUGCAGGUGUGGUGUUGUGGCGGGCAUCAGUUUGGUCUACAGGUUAUUGAUGAGGCACUGGCAGCAGCAGGUGCAGGUGCAGGUUUGGGCCUGGUCUCGACGCUGCCGCCUUCCAUUCCCAGCCCGUGUUCACAAUCCAACGCACAACCCAGUGCCCGUAUCUUUCCAGCUACGUAGAAACUUUGCCCACAAUCCGCCGAAGGCGGAGUAACAUUUUAGGAGCUUCUAUGGACGUUUGGACGCGAUUUGGAGGGCAUUGAAGGCGCUUUUGGUGGAGGGUAUAUCUCCUUGGGGAAUGCUCCAGGCGCAGAUCUCGCGGAAGGGGCCUAUCUGCGCUGCGCAGACGCCACGGGCGGCCCUGAGGCGCGGGCCUCAGGGCAACCACAAGAUACGGGUACGGUGAGCACCACAUUUUGAGGGCACCCAUGCGGUGUUCGGUCCUGGAUGGGGCUUGUCCGGUACACAGUGAUGGAAAGGCGCCCAACGUGGAUGCUGUCAAAGCUUGCCAAGCAUAGCUGCGCGUCCGAGAUGGCGGAGCCCACUCGCGCCAUGCCAUUGGAAUGCCACCGGCAUGCGCUGUGUUACUAGGCUGAGGUCCUGAGGAUGUGGCUGCUGUAAACGUCGCCGUUUCGCGGGCGCAGAGUUACUCCUUGACAACUGCUUAUGAGUUGAGAUGACUCUGCCGACUACGGUAGACCAGGAUGAGCGGGGCAGUUAA